AAAGUAUCUAUAGGCAUUCUAAAUUGUUGCAAUGAAAAGUUUUAAUGACACAGUAGCUCCCUCUUAAACCUAAUUUAGUAUGGAUCUUAACGUGUUGUUGGAGUAGAACUUAAAAUCUGAAGUUCAUGUUUCCAGGGGAAUCUUUAAUAUGAUGCACGCGCGAUAGGAGAGGCCAGCAGAGAUUAAAUGUAUCAGAGCAUUAACAAACACGGCAGGUCAACACCACGAAAAGUACUGCAUUGAUAUUGUGAGGAAGAGGGACUAUGAGGGAUUUUUGUGUUCACUUCUUCUACCUGAUGAUGCUCGCCGCUCCUCAUUGGCACUAAGAGCGUUUAAUGUGGAAGUGGCACAGGCAGGUUAAGGACUUUGUUUCCCAGAAAACCAUUGGUUUAAUGCGGAUGCAGUUUUGGAAGAGCGCUGUAGAAGAUAUUUACAGAGAUGACCCUCCAGCCCAGCCUGUCGGUGCAGAACUAUGGAGGGCUGUAAGGAAACACACAUUAACAAAGAGGUGGAUGUUAAGAAUUAUAUCUGAAAGAGAGAAAGACAUUGAGGACAGAGCGUACAGGAACCUUCAAGAGCUAGAAGCCUAUGGUGAAAACUCACAGUCCUCUCUUCUCUACCUGCUGCUGGAGACUCUCGGUGUAAAAAAUGUCCAUGCAGACCACGCUGCCAGCCACAUUGGCAAAGCCCAGGGCAUCCUGACCUGCCUCAGGGCCACUCCCUAUAACAGCAGCAGGCGCAAGGUCUAUCUGCCCAUGGACAUCUGCAUGCUGCAUGGUGCAUCUCAAGAGGACUUCAUACGUGGCAGCAGAGAGCAGAACAUUAAGGAUGUUGUCUAUGACAUUGCAAGCCAAGCUCAUGUCCAUCUUGAACACGCUAGAUCAUUUAUCAAGAACGUUCCACAUGCAGCCAUGCCUGCCUUCUUGCAAACGGUUGUAUUGGAGGACUACUUGCAUAGAAUGAGGAAAGCAGAUUUUGAUGUGUUCCACCCCAGUCUACAAAAGAGAAAUCCACUGCUACCCCUUCAGUUGUAUUUACGCUCAUGGAAGAAGACUUACUGAUUUGUUUUAUUGAAAUAUGAGUUAAUAUAUGCAGCUGAAUUUUCUGUCAAAGCUAAUGAUGGAAUAAAUUGCCUAGCUGUGUUUAUAAUA